GCUGCGCUCGUGUCCCGGCUCUUCUCCAGGUUCUGUGAUGGAGUCCUCAGUCCGCUUUCCUCCGCUUCCCGGACGCCUCUCCCGAUCCUGCGGUGCUGAUGCUCCACAUCAACCAUCCGGUCCUCAGGACGGUGGCAGCAGGUCUCCUCUGGCUCAGGAUCUCCGCCAUCUCCUCUCUCAGCCCUCGGGGGAGGGGUCGGCUCUGGCCGGGGGGCUUCUUCGCUUCCUGACGGGGGCGCCCCAGGGCUUUAGUCGGGAGUGGUGGCUGGAGCUGCUGGAUCUUCUCGGACUCUUGCGCCCUUUCCGGGAGCGGCUGGCUGGUGAGCGGGGGCGUCUGCUUCCAGCUCUGGAGCGGCUGAACAGACAGUAUGAACGGCACAGGCGUCUCCUCCGCGACCUGGAUGUCCCCGGAGCUCUGUGCGCCGCCCUGCCCCCCGACACCUCCACACUCUUCACACUCCCCGCGGACCUGGAGGAGCACUACCGAGCCCAGCAGGCCCCCUUCUAUCUGCACGACCUUCCACGUUAUGUGGGGGACGUAGGAGCCCAGCUGGCAGCUGCAGAGUCCAUGUGGUGCUGUGGCCCUAAAGGUCUCCCCCGGGCCCUCUGCACAGAUAUCCCCCUGAGGAUGCAGCCCCAUACAGAUCCAGGGUCCCCGUCCAGUGGGGCCCCUGAGGUGCUGAACCGACCCCUGGAGCAUAAGAAGAGUGUAGGGGCCACAAGUCACCCCCUGUCGGGGUACGAGGCUGCGGAGAUCCUGGUGCAGUACCGACACCUCGGCAAAGUUGUUUUCCUGUAUCUGAACCGAGCCAGCGGGGUCCGGGACUGCUUCUAUGACCUCAGGGUCUCCCCCGUCUCCCGCCGUCACCCGGAGCACUUUCUCUUUUCACCCUUCGGCAUUCUCUAUGUGAACCCCGGGAGCGGCUCGGAGGUGCAGGAGCUGGGGGCCUGGCACCGGGAGGCCGUCCUGUGCCGCAGCCUGAGGAGGAUCCCCUUCUGCCGAGACUUCCUGACCAGGAGAGCCUUCAGAUGGUGGAGGAGAUGUGUGCGGAGGACGUGUUUUCUCAGGCGCAGCGCCAUGUUGAGCCGCAGACUGCUCACCAGCGUCCCCCAUUACACCGCCGCCCUGCAUCACAUCAACAGGUUUCUCCAGGAAUUGGCGCAGCUGUCCUGGCUUCCUGCACACGUCUCUAAUCCAAUUACUAUAGAUCAAUUAGACGCAGAGCAAAUCCUUAGAAGGUCCACCGCCAAAAGUCACCUGUGCAGCCUCCUGAGCCUCGCCUCCCAGAUUCUGGACAUGGUCAGACAGGACACCUACACGAUGGUGCAGACAAGCCAGGAGGACGCCGUGCACUGCCUGGACAAGGCCACCAGGGGGCGACUGGCACACGUUGAGUCAUGGCUGCACAGACUGGGGAGUCUCUCGUCUCUUGUAGGAUACAUCAUCUGCGAGAACCUGAUGUCCAUCCUGCAGCGGGAUGUCAGCGGCUUUGUGUCGGGCAUCAUGCAGAUGAUGUCCACAACUGGAAGGCCUUUCCUGCUUGUCCGCCUGGAGUUUGGGGAAGAUGGAGACCUGCGUCUCUGUCCAUCGGCCGGUCAGAUACAGCAGAGCGUGGAGCAGAUGCUGAACUGCGUGCUGGAUGAUGUGCUGCAGGUGAUGGACGCCGGUGACCAGGAGCCGCCUCAGGUGUCAUCCAUGAUACUUCCUCGCUCAGAGCACGGGUCUUCUGUGCUCUCGGGCCUUGGAGGGCAGCAUAUUCGCCAGGUUGUCCCAGCAUCAGCCCUGCCACCUGGUAAAUGCCGAGAAAUGCCAAUGCCUGGAGGACUGAGGAUUGAGGGGCACCAGCAGAGGGCGCAUUACCUGUCUCUGAACGUUCAUUCUCUACGCUACAUCCUACACAGUGAUGGCUGUAUCCAGGAGGCUCUGCGCCAACUGCAGAGUCUGCUCCAGGACUCCUUUGCAGAGGUGAGGACAUUCUGUGAAGACCAGGCCUGGCUGUGUGAGGUCCACCGCUAUGUCCAGUCCUGGUCUUCUCAUGUCUGGAGACCCUCCGGGGAAGUUCUUCUCGAGAUUAUGAAGAACUGA